AUGCACCCCUUGCGUCAGAUAAAGCACACGUUAAAAUCCAACCAUCAUUGCUCCAAAAUGCAAGAUGAUGGCUUACUGGUGACGCAAAGUACCCCUAUCGGUUUUGUCGAAAUUGUCUCAAUGACAAGGAUGUGUUUGGUAUUGAUGCUGACGUCAUCAAGCAGAUUGGUAAUGAUGAAUGCCCUCUACUGUACCUUUCUGAGGUUGGACACAAGCCCAUCCCAAGGUGUAAUAAGCAUGGGCACAUGA